UACGUUUACUAACGGCCGGACUACUUAAACGAUGGGCGGAAGUACACAGACGUGACACCUCUCUUGUCGCGAGGCUAUUUUGUGGUUGCUAGUGGCAGCAGACAAGAGCGGAUGAUGGAAGAAUUCGCAGAUGGUGAAGCUCCUCCUGCUGAGGACCUGAUACCAUGCAAAAUCUGUGGAAGAAGAUUUUUCCCCAAAGUUCUGAAGAAGCAUAUUCCCAUCUGCCAGAAGGCAUCAACCAAAAAGAGGAAGGUUUUUGACUCCAGUAGACAGAGAGCCGAGGGCACAGACAUCCCUGCUGUCAAACCCAUCAAACCAAAGUCUCAAAGUUCAUCCUUCACUGAGAAAGCAGAGCCGCCCAAGAAGCCAUCCAGCUGGCGCAGAAAACAUGAGGAGUUCAUUGCCACUAUCAGGGCUGCCAAGGGCCUCACCCAGACCAUGAAGGAGGGAGGGCCCUUACCCCCACCGCCCCCUCCCUCUUAUGACCCAGACUAUAUCCAGUGUCCAUAUUGUCAGAGGAGGUUCAACGAGAAUGCAGCAGACAGACACAUUAAGUUCUGCAAGGAGCAGGCCGCCCGCAUGCCCAACAAGGGCAAGUUGGGAGAUGCUAAGAAAACUCCUGCACGUACACAGUAUAAGCCUCCUGCCGCGAAGAAGGCCAACUCCCCUGCUGUGUCCUCCAUCCCCUCAGCCUCCUCUCGUUUACCCCAGAGGUCAAGCCCUGGACAGUCCACUGGAAUCCCUGCUAGUAAAGUCUCCUCUGCAGGUUCAGUGAGGAGUAUUCCCUCUGGCCUCACAAGCCCUCCAUCAGGUGUGGGGAAUAGGACUCAAGCAGUGAGCUCUGGCUAUGGGUCUGUUAGAAACACUCAGUCUGGAGUUGGACUCAACAAGAAGAAAAUAGACAACUACAACUAUAGGAAUGAUGCCAACAGUGAAGUGGACAAUGGUGGAAUGAAGAGCAAGUUCUGUCACGCGUGUGGGACCAAGUACCCUGUAGAGUCUGCCAAAUUUUGCUGCGAGUGCGGGGUCAGGAGGAUGUGUAUCUGAAAGAGGACAGAAUUGAAAAAACAGACAGUAGGGAUGCGCCGAUACUGACACGGGUGUCAGAAAAUUGCCCAAAAAUGAAUACCCAAUAAACAGGAUCAGGAAUGAUAGCAAAGCCUGACCCUCUUCUUUUUCACACACAGGACGCACCAUUUGUAAUGGAUAAAACUCAAAAGAUGGAUGUUUGUUUUUUGCUAAUUUGGCUUUUUUUUUUGUCCAGUGAACACAAACUAAUCUGGUCCAAGUUUGUACCAUUACAUCAAGAAUGGAUCAGACACUGGCAAUAAUUCAUAGUUUAAUACUCAAGAGUCACUAUCAGCAGUUAAAAACUAGUAUUGGUGCAUCCUUAGAUGAAAGAAUAAGAGUAGAGGAGGUGGAGAGAAGGGGAGGAAAGUACAUUUAAAAAAAAAAAAAAAAAGCUAGGAACUCAGUUUAAAUGUGAAAAAGGACAUAAAGGAAAGGUGUGUGGGGAUGUGGUAGAGGUGGAGAGUGCUUGUUUUUGCCCUUUUAUACCAAUCCUUAACCAACCAUAAUCUGCAGUCCAUUCCUUUCUCCCAUCUCCCUCUGUUCCCUCACAUACAAAACAUAUUAACGUGCAAUAUGAUUGACUACUGAAAAGACAAUGUAUUAUCGUAAAGAUAAAGAUUUUGGAAUUUGGAAAAGGUUUAAUAUCAUUUUGACAGGGACCAGUCCAAGAUGAAAGAGCUGUUAAAUAUCAGUGCUACCUUUUGGGUGAUUGCACGUUACUUCACUGUUUUUGUCCAACUCACUCAAUACUGUCACCAUUGGCCUAACAUUUCUUGACCAGGAUUUUUAAAUGUAGCAUUACUCAAACACUUUAAUUCCCUCUCAUUUUAUACAAUGAAAUGGGUUAUUUAUUUUCUUAUUCUUUUGCAUUUGAUUUUUAUUGAAUGAACAGUGACUCGGGAUCAUUUUUAGUGUGUGAUCUACAGAAAUGCAAUGUGUUUUUAUUUGGAUUUGUAUGAAAUCUUAAUGCACCUGAAUAUGGUCCAUGUGUUUUAUUCCCUUACAGUGUUUCUCUAAGUCAGUGUUCAGUUGGACAUGGCAGGUAUCCAGAAUCAUUAGUACUGUUCUGCCACAGGCCUUUCAACUGUUAUGGGCACAGUUCAGUAUGUGCUACAAAGGUAUGUGUUAGAGAGAGAUGAAUAUUUGAUCUGUGGCCAUUCAGACUUAUUUGAUGUGCAUACUAAUGAUUUUAGGCAUUCCUUCUUUGUCCUUUCAGAUUUUUUGAAAUCUAAAUUCUUUCAGUGACUUCUUUAGGCGCCCCUAUGUGGUGCUAGAUUCAAUGUCAACAUUGGGCUCUAUCUACUGGUACUACACUAAGUGAAUACAGUCUGAGGCACAUGAAACUUAAAGGGUGGUCAAGCCAGCUAAGCUUCCACAUCCACAGAGAUACUUGAAGAUAGGUACUCCAGUCCAAGUGGAGCCGAUUAGUACUAACAUUUUUAGCAUCAAAGCAGAUUUAUCACAUUUAUCUAGCAAAGGAGGCAAUCUUUCUAAUGAACAUGCCUCCUUGGAGCAACACUAUUUUCCAUUCCAGCAACAAAUACUUAGUCCCACACAUUACAUUUAGACCAGAAAAAGUGAGAGGGGACAUGCCUCUACUUGAGGUGCAUGAAUAUUGAUCCUGUAUCACUCUACUCUUUCUGUCAUAUCACUAUGAUUCGUUAUUGUAUUACUUGAAUACUUUGAGGAGUUUGUGUGAGCUUCCCUCUCCCAGCAACACCAGAACCAAACACUAUUUACUGUACAUGACAAACAGUGCUUUAAAUGGAUUGGCUAGGUGUGUUUGCCUAUACUGGACACAGUGGUUGUUAGCCCAGAUACAGCUGUGCACUUAUUACCAUGUAUAUCCACCAUCAAUAAACUAAUAUGAAGAGA